UGCCGCGCCUCUGUAGCUUUCAUCGCAAACAGAUUACAUUAUUGGGGUGAACUGUUCAGUGCGCGGCAGGUCCGAAAUUUUAGGCUGUCCCGGCGUUGUAAUCGAUUUCGAAUAGCCUCACACCUCCCCACACCUCACCAUACAAUGGCCUCCAGAACAGUACCCGCGACGCUGACACGGCGAUUGCUUGCAACACCACGCGCCACACGAUUAUCUAUUCGGCCCUUCACAUGCGCAGCAUCACAAACGCGAACCUUGACCGAACCGUAUCGUCCUGCCAUUCGCGUCGCGGGCCAAAGAAGGGCUUUUUCAUCGACGCCACGAGCACGAUUGGCCUCCGAAGACGACUCCUUUGACCCGAAGUCCAUUGAGCGAGAGGUAGAUGAGGUUGAUGUCCUCAUCGUUGGGGGAGGGCCUGCUGGCCUGUCUGCCGCUAUCAAGCUGAAGCAGAUUGCCAAUGCUGCAGGAAAUGAGGACUUCCGUGUGUUGCUGCUCGAAAAGUCAGGCGAGUUGGGCGACCACAUUGUCUCUGGCAAUGUUAUCGAACCUUCUGCCCUGGACGAGCUACUGCCAGACUGGAAGUCUGAGGAUAACCUGAACCGUUUUGCCGACAUUACCCCUGCAAAGGAGGACCGCAUGCGCUUCCUUACCAAGACCGGCUCGAUCCCUUUGCCGAAACCACCGCAGAUGAACAAUCACGGCAACUACAUCAUUAGUCUGAACCAGAUGGUCAAGUGGCUUGGCGAACGCGCAGAGGAAGUCGGUGUGGAGGUAUACCCAGGAUUUGCUGCUUCGGAGAUCCUGUACAACCACGAGGGUGUAGUCAAGGGCGUGGCGACAAAUGACCUUGGUAUCUCACGUGAUGGCAAGGCCAAGGACUCCUUCGAGCGCGGCAUGGAGUUCCAUGCUCGCGUGACACUGCUUGGUGAAGGCUGCCACGGUAGUCUGUCGAAGCAGGUCAUCAAGAAGUACGACCUGCGACGAGACAGCCAGCACCAGACAUACGGUCUUGGUAUCAAGGAGGUAUGGGAGGUUCAGCCCGAGAAGUUCAAAUCUGGGCAGAUUACCCACACAAUGGGCUACCCGUUGCCAAAGGACACCUACGGUGGUGGCUGGAUGUACCAUUUCGGUGACAACCUCGUCAGUAUUGGUCUCGUCGUUGGUCUUGAUUACCCCAACCCAUGGUUGGCCCCGUACGGCGAAUUCCAGAAGAUGAAGCACCACCCUAUCUAUAAGGAAGUUCUGGAGGGUGGCAAGUGCAUCUCGUACGGCGCAAGGACGUUGAUCGAGGGUGGCUUCCAAUCGAUACCGAAGCUAGCUUUCCCUGGUGGUGCUCUCCUCGGAGACUCCGCCGGCUUCGUCAACGUGCCCAAGAUCAAGGGUACACAUACAGCUAUGCGAUCUGGUAUGAUGGCUGCAGAAGCAACAUGGGACGCUUUGCAAGGCAACAGUGAUGGCGGCACCGUAUUCUUGUUCGACUAUGAGGACAAGAUGAGAAAGUCUUCUGUCUGGAAGGAACUCAAGCAGGUCCGCAACAUGCGCCCUUCCUUCCACACCAAGCUAGGUCUGUACGGCGGCGUGCUGUAUUCUGGUCUUGAAGCCUAUGUUUUCCGUGGCAAGACACCAUGGACCUUGAAGCAUGGCGCUCCUGACCAUGCUGCUACCAAGACCGCAGACCAGUACGAGAAGAUCGAGUAUCCCAAGCCUGACGGCAAGAUUAGCUUCGACAUCUUGACAAGCGUAAGCCGCAGUGGCACCAAUCAUGAAGAGGAUCAGCCAUGUCAUUUGCAGGUCAAGGAUUGGGACGCGCACGCGAAGAAGCAGUAUCCUCAAUACAAGGGUGUUGAAAACCGCUUCUGUCCUGCUGGCGUGUAUGAGUAUGUUGAGGACGACAGCAAGGAGCUGGGCGUCAGAUUCCAGAUCAACGCCCAAAACUGCGUACACUGCAAGACCUGCGACAUCAAGGUCCCUGCACAGGACAUCAACUGGCAGACACCUCAAGGUGGUGAAGGGCCUAAGUACGUCCUCACUUGAGUUUUGGACACAUAUGUGAUCACAUGUAUGUUAUCUUUGGGCGCACAUUAGCGCCUCACUACAGGUGUAUAUCAGGCAGCGUGCAAUUGUAUAUACCCUUUUCCCUGCAACCGUUGCCGCCCAACGCUGAGGCUGGGCGUGCCGAGUAGCUCUUGUGAUCAGGGCUUGUGUACAACACCAAUCCUUUAUUGUUACGGCACAAGUAUGAGUGAGAAAUACAUUACUGUUGAGUGCA